ACUCUGGGCUCAGGCGAGCGAGGCAGUCCCGCCAGCCAGUGCCUCGCGCAAAGUCGCGCGCGCGCGAAAGUAGGGCUAGGCAUGUGCGUGGCUCCCAGUGGAGCCCCCCGGAAAAGAAGCCGGAGCGCCGACGGCUUCUCCUGCCUGUGAGGGAACAUGCUGAGCGGGGGCUUUCGGUGUUACAUGCUUGCGAAAACCUGAUAGCAUAUUUCAGCUGAACCCUAGCCUAAGAGCAUGCCAUUAGGAUAUUCUUCUUUUACUACUUGGAACAUGGGGGAAAAGGACGACGAGAAAUAUAGCCAAGCUGGCCAAAUAUUUGAAAACUUUGUCCAAGCCUCAACAUGCAAAGGUACAAUCCAGGCCUUUAAUAUCCUCACUCGUCAACUUGAACUAGAUCCUUUGGACAACAGGAACUUUUAUACAAAACUUAAAUCAAAGGUGACCAGUUGGAAGGCCAAAGCCUUGUGGAACAAGCUAGAUAAAAGAGCAAGCCAUAAGGAAUAUAAGCAUGGAAAAUCUUGUGUGAACACCAAGUGUUUGAUUGUUGGUGGUGGACCCUGUGGUUUGCGGACUGCCAUAGAACUUGCCUUUCUAGGAGCCAAAGUUGUCGUUGUGGAGAAACGAGACACUUUCUCAAGAAACAAUGUUCUUCACCUCUGGCCUUUUACUAUUAAUGAUCUUCGAAGCCUAGGAGCAAAGAAAUUCUAUGGAAAGUUCUGUGGAGGAUCCAUUGAUCACAUUAGCAUUAGGCAGCUUCAGCUCAUCCUCUUCAAGGUUGCACUUAUGUUGGGAGUUGAAAUCCAUGUGAAUUUAGAAUUCGUGAAAGUUUUGGAACCGCCUGAAGAUCAAGAAAAUCAAAAAAUAGGUUGGCGUGCUGAAUUUCUCCCAAUGGAUCAUCCUUUGUCAGAAUAUGAAUUUGAUGUCGUUAUUGGUGCCGACGGCCGCAGAAACAGCUUGGAAGGCUUUAGGAGGAAAGAAUUUCGUGGAAAGCUGGCGAUUGCAAUCACUGCCAACUUUAUAAACAGAAAUACAACAGCAGAAGCUAAGGUGGAGGAGAUCAGUGGUGUUGCUUUCAUCUUCAAUCAAAAAUUCUUCCAAGAUCUGAAAGAAGACACAGGAAUUGACCUGGAGAAUAUUGUUUACUAUAAAGAUAGCACCCACUAUUUUGUGAUGACUGCAAAAAAGCAGAGCCUUCUGGAGAAGGGCGUCAUAAUCGAUGAUUAUAUUGAUACUGAAAUGCUACUCUGUGGGGAAAAUGUAGACCAAGACAAUCUGCUGUCCUACGCAAGAGAAGCUGCUGAUUUCGCAACUGAUUACCAAUUGCCUGCCUUGGAUUUUGCAAUUAAUCACUACGGUCAACCAGAUGUAGCCAUGUUUGAUUUUACUUCCAUGUAUGCCUCUGAAAAUGCUGCAUUAAUACGAGAGAGACACAGACACCAGCUGUUGGUUGCUCUUGUUGGAGACAGUUUACUAGAGCCGUUCUGGCCCAUGGGAACUGGUUGUGCAAGAGGGUUCCUGGCUGCGUUUGACACAGCGUGGAUGGUGAAAAGUUGGGCCCAAGGAAACCAUCCACUCGAUAUCCUUGCAGAAAGAGAAAGCAUUUAUAGGCUCUUGCCUCAGACAACACCUGAAAAUAUCACUAAGAACUUUGACCAGUACACCAUUGAUCCUGCAACACGUUAUCCAAAUUUGAACUCAAGUUGUGUUCGGCCUCAUCAGGUGAAGCAUCUGUACAUUACAAAUGAGCUUCAGCCAUUCCCUCUAGAAAGAGCAGACUCCAUUAGAAGAUCAAUUGGGCUUUCAAGACAUGAAUCUGAUAUAAGGCCAAACAAGCUUUUAACCUGGUGUCAGAAACAAACAGAAGGAUACAGGAAUGUUAGUGUCAUGGACCUUACUACAUCAUGGAGGAGUGGCCUUGCCUUAUGUGCAAUUAUGCAUCGCUUCAGACCUGACCUCAUUGACUUUGACUCCCUGAAUGAAGAAGAUGCCGUUGGAAACAACCAGCUGGCGUUCGACAUUGCUGAGCGCGAGUUUGGAAUUCCGCCCGUCACUACGGGGAAAGAGAUGGUGUCUUCUGGAGAGCCUGAUAAACUCAGUAUGGUCAUGUACCUCUCAAAAUUCUAUGAGCUAUUUAGGGGAACACCUCUGAGAGCUGUGGGUGCUACGGACAAGCGAAAUGGAGAAAGAAAGGAUCUUUCUUCAGCAAAAUCAUCCAACUUCAUCUUUAAUAACUACAUGAAUUUAACUUUUCCAAGGAAGAGAAUACCUAAAGCAGAAGAAAAUGAAACCAGUAAAAGGCGACGUAAAAGUCUCAUUAAUUUUGAAGAGUCUUCAAGUUCUUUGAAUCGAGGUACAAAUUCUGGUAACCAGCUAGGGGACUUGAAAGAAGGAAUGAAUCAAAACAAAGUGAAGUCUAUGGCAACUCAACUCCUAGCCAAGUUCGAAGAAAAUGCUCCCAGUGUUUCACUACGGAGGCAGAUGACUGUAGGGAAAGUGUCACGUGGAAUAGGGGCCGUGGCGGAAGUUCUUGUCAAUCUGUACAUGAAUGAUCACAGGCCCAGUCCAUUGUCCAACACUUUGCAACCGAGCGAAUCUUUGGAUGGAGGUGCAGCUGCUGCUUUCCCUUCUUCUCCUACCUCUCAAGCUUUGUCUUCUGCUCAAACCUGUCAGGGUUCUUUGAAGAAAGUAUUUCCGCCGUCAGUAGGUGGGAGCGACAUUUGUUGUUUCUGUCAAAAAAGGGUGUAUGUCAUGGAGCGCCUGAGUGCAGAAGGCCGCUUUUUCCACCGAGAAUGCUUCAGAUGUGCCAUAUGUGCUACAACUCUCCGCCUAGCAACGUAUGCCUUUGAUGCAGAAGAAGGUAAAUUUUACUGCAAGCUUCAUUUUGCACAGUGUAAAACAAAUAACAAGCACAGAAAAAGAAGAGUUAUGGUAAAGAAUCAUGAAAAGGAGGAAGCAAAACCGUGGCGGCAAGAAGAGCCCAUGUCUGCAGAAACCACCCCAGAACAUGCUUUCACUGCAGGUGGCAGCUCAGAAGACCGGUCCCCAGGUAUCCUGCCUUCAUUCUUUAGGAAAACGCUAAGCUGGCCUCUUAAGGUGACAAGGGAUCUGCUUGACCUUCCAAGACGCCUCUCUAACUGGAUGCAUGGUUUCCUGCACGCUGCCAGACUUCAUUUCAGGGACAAUGCAUACAACUAUACCUACUUGUAUGAACUCCUAAGUAUCAGUAUGCCUUUCUUUUUUGCGCUUCAGGAGUUACUUGGCCAUAUUUACCGGGAAGCGGAGCUGUCCUAUGAGAACAUGCUUGAACUGGUGAAAAAAUUCUUCAGGGGUUAAUGUUCUUCUGAAUCUUUUUUUUUUUGGUCGUGCCUUUCAGAUUUCCAAAACUAACAGCCUUCUCUGAUUAUAUGUGUACGCACAAGCAAAGAUAUUUCAAUUUAGUAUGUGCUUUAAAUGAGCCCAAAGCUCUACUUGAUAACCAUGGUGCAAUUCUUUAGAUCAUUUCAAACUUCUUUUGGAUCAUGAAGGUCGGUGUCCAGAAACAUUUCUAAACCAUGGAAAAGAUAUGAAGGAUGGUUUUUAUAGGUUAAAAAAAAUUGGUUCUAUUUCCAGUUAUGACCAGAUAUUCCUCUGGGUUUACAUUUUAUUAUCCUUAUUUUAAAGACUGUGAAAGACGGUCCUUUCAGACAUUUCUAGGCCAACAGCAAAAGCUGUCUGUCUUUUUGAAAACUGAAUAUGGCACAUACUUCAUUUCCUCCCUUGCCCCUCUUGCUUUAACUCUGCUAUGGGGCUGCGAGUUUGUUCACAUGUGUAGAUUUUUUUAAGUGAAAAAAAUAUGUAUUACUGGCCCAUAUAUUUUCAUUGACUUCUCUUUGGUAUACUCUGUAAACACUGGGCAUUUCCUGUUAUUUUUAUGAAUAAAUUCAAAGAGCAAAUGUUAGACAUUAGUUAAUUACAAUCAGUUCAGAGAAAAGUAUAACACUUGCCUAUAUUUAUUUCUCCAGAUUGUAAGGUAUGUCAUAGUAUAUACCAUGCGAUAUGACUUAUAGCUAAUUUUGAUGAGGCAUAUCUUUUGUGUUUUGUGUCUUCCCCCCAAAAAAUGCCCCUGACAAUUUUAGAUAUGUUAGAAUUAUUAAUAUGUGAAAUUAAUACACAUUUGAGAGAUCCUGGUAUCCACUUCAUGAUACACUUACAAAAUGUUUUCAAGUGUUAGCAAGACCCAAAGAACUUAGGAUGCAACUCUGGGAGAUUUGAAUGAGUACUGGGUGCCAACAUGCACUCAUAGUUAUUCCUGUCAGUUCAAAUAGUCAAAUACUUUAAAGCCAUACUUGACUAAAACAAGAUUUGAAUCUGUUUUGCCAUUAUGAAGUUUUACAGAAGAUAUAUGUGGUAUACACUUAAGCACAUAACUACCUGAACAACUUGCCACUCUCAGGUCAUUGUAGCACCAUCGUAGACUGCAUGUUUUGCAUACAGAAUGUCCUAGUUCAAUCCUCUGGCAUCUACAGCUAGGCUAAGAGAGACUUCUUCCUGAAACACUAGAGGGACAUUAUGUAGGCAAUACUGAACCAGAUAGGUCAAUGAUCUAACUUGGCAAUAAAGAACUUCCUAUUGUUGACCUUUCUCUGUGUAGCCCGCUGUGUUGUGAUCUUACAUCUUUGCUACUUCAGAGACAGGGUAUGCUAAGAAAUUAGUAUUAUUAACACUUUGCAACAUUUAUUUCUAAGUAGAGUUUAGCAUGGCAAGUGUAUACAAUGAGGUUUCUGACACUCCUGUUUACCACUUGACAAUAUUUUGAUGAGUUCGUUACUUCCUAGUGCAGUUUGAUGCAGUGUGGGAAACUGCUGUAAAAAAAGAAACAAAGCUCCACUGCAUGAUUGCAAGGCCUUGUAGGUGGCUUGGCAUCCUGCAGAUAACAGCUGCUAGUUUUUUUAUAAUAAAAACAAACAACCAGCAACCAUUUUGGUUUUCAUUGACAGAAAGAUAGAUUGUCUUUCUGUAGAUUAUCAAUUGCCUGAGUUUUAUUCGCAUUGGGGAAUGACAAAAAUGGAUGAAUACCUACUUGCCAUUAAAUAUAUACAUUUGCCUUCAUGAAAAGCCCCGGUUUUAUACUUGCAUAGAACCAUGCAUCACUUUAAAUUUCAUGCUUUCUUAAAAGAGCCACUUGGUACAUUGUAUUUGAUGGGUUUGUUUGUUUUUUCUUCCUAAUCUGCCAUUCCAUUUUACACCUCAAUCCUAAUCAGACUAACAUGGAAGAAGGUCCCAUUUGUGGAGUGAAACUUUUAAGGUUUAAUACUAAGCACACUUAACUUGAAAGUACGUAAGCUCAGUUUAAAACGAAUUGGGAAGUAAAGAAGUGCCGGGCUGCAGUCGUUCUUAUUUUUAGUGCAGUCCUUUACAUGUCUAUUUUGAAGUAAGCCUCGCUGAAUUCAAUGGGGCUUUUCUCCCAGGUAAGUGGUUAUAGGAUUGCACACUUAGCCUUUCAUCCUUACUGCACUGCCAUUAAGGAUUUGUUUACAGGCAGGAAUUUGUGUAGGCCUGAUGGGUUAGGAAGGAAAUGGUUGUAUUUAAUUAUGUAACUUUAAAAGUGAGCUAUUUGGCACACAGAGUAGCCACAGAAAGUCUCUCUAAAACUCACGUACGUGCUGUUUUCCUGCUUGCGGCCACCCAUUCCAAUUCAUUCACUGCUGUGUGCAGCACUUGGCAUUUUGUGUCACCACAAACACUCAGGGAGAGAAAAUGUCAAGAUUUUCAGUUGUUUCCUAUGCACCCAAGCAUUUGUCAAUCACCUUUACAGCAACAUAAAGAUGCAGAAGUAAUUGGAAGCCCAAGUGCCUAGCACUUUCUGGUUUCAUUACUUCUCAAGUGUCUGAGCAGUCUCUGAGCUAAAAGAAAAUAGGGGGGGGAUUGCUUCAAUCUGCAAAUCGUAAUACUUUUUGAAAAAGACAACUCUACCUGUUCUCUACCUGUUCAGUUAUGAGGUCACUAAUAUUCCUUAAUGUUGAUUAAAGUCUAGGUCAACCUUUAAGACCCCUUGACAUCUAUUCAUGUAAGGCAGAAUUCUUACUCUUACUCUUGAAUUUAUUACCCACCCUUCACCUACAGGUCCCAGAGUGGGUUACAACAAUGUUAAAAUUCAGAAGUAAAAACCUUUAAAAUAUUACAUUCAUGAGACUAGGGUGAGUUCUGAAAACACAGAUCUCUGGUGUCCAAGGCCAGUGCAAAGAGGUGUGUGUUCAGUAUAUGGUGCCCUCCAGAUGCUGUGGAUUACAUUGGCCAUGUCCAACCAUUGGCCAUGCUGGUUGGGGGGGGGAUGGGAGUUAUAGUUCACAACAGGAACAGGAAAGUUACAGAGUACCAGGAAGAGGGCCUUCUCGGUAGUGGCGCUCACCCUGGGGAAUGCCCUCCCAUGAGAUGUCAAGGAAAUAAAUAACUAUAAAACAUCUUAAGUUUUUAAUGUUUGAUGUUUUAUUAUGCUUUUAUAUUUGUUGGAAGCCUCCCAGAGUGGCUGGGGCAAUCCAGGCAGGUGCACAGGGUAGAAAUAAUAAAAUUAUUAUCUGGAGGGCACCACAUAAUCUACCCAAAUGUAACUGUGCAGUUAAUGAAAAUUAAUGGGUUAAAAAAAUGCUGAGAAUACAGUGGAACCUCAGUUUACGCACGCCUCCAUUUACAAACACCGCAGACCCGGAAGUGUUUACAUCCGGGUUCCGCAGUGCUAGGAUGCACAGAAGCGAUCUGCACAGCUCGCGCAUGCGCAGAAGCGCUCUAUCGGCACUUCGCACAAGCGCAGAAGCGUGCCUUCGGUGAGCAAACACCUCUGUGGAACGGAUUGCGUUCGCAAACCGUGGUACCACUGUGGUGUUGUAGUAGGAACUGUAAUAUAUGAUGUUUCUUGAUUUUCAUUGUAAUGGGUUGCUGUAAAGAGCAGAAAGGGUUGAGAGUUAAACCUAAGAUUAGCAACAUCUCAAGCAAAUCAGAUUUUGACAAGAGUGUAUCAUAUUAACUGCUUAGUUAUGCAUACAGUAACUUGUACUAGUGUUUUAAAACUAUCAAUGAACUUGGAAGGGGUCUCACAUUGGUGGCAGACAAUUCUGCCUUAUUUAUCCAUUCACUUUUGGUUAUAAAAAACUUGAUAUUCAAAAUUUCUGUGUCAUGCACUUCACCACUUCAGGAGGCCACAGUUUUCUUGAUGCAGUGUUUGGCAUCGUGAUGAUCACAUGUCCAUCCAAACCCAUGUGGUGUUUGAUCACUUUGGUGCGUCUGAGUCAGCUGCGUGUUAAUCUAGAAGCAAUGCAGCUUUGAAGAUGGGUUUGGAAAACAAAGGGGGACUCCAUAUGUGGUCAAUGUGUGUCCAAAGUCUUGCUCAGAUAAAUUGAGUCAUGUUUACUUUAUGUCAAGGUGAUGGUUCAGAGUCACACUCAUUUUCAAAUAGAGAUUUGAAAUAACAAUGGGUCUUCUGUAACUGCUAUAUAUCUGAUACUUGAAAGGUAGCUGAUAAUGGUUGUUAAAUAUUCUUCUUUUUAUCAAUGAAGGCAGGCAAUUUCAUUUCGCCAUACUUUUCUCUACUUUGCAGUGUCAGAUUGUGUCUAGCUAUCUUUUCUUUCAAAGGCUUUAUUGUUAGCUAGUUUUGACUAUCUUCUUUCCCAAUCUCUUACCUUGUCUUUAGUUCAUUUCAACAUUCCAGUGCUACAUCCUCUCAUUGGCUGAACCAUUUCUGCUGUAAGAUGAUUGUACUGUUUUGCUAUCAUUUUUCGAGUGUUGUGACUAAUCCCUAAUAUUUUCUGCCAAUGUUACGAAGGCCAUUUGAAGUAGUUUGUGUGCUAACUAAAAGAGAAGGUUCUGCAUUAUCAUUUAACCUGCCUUGUAGUUGACAAUUUGAAAAAAACCAUAUGGUUUACUUUUAUCCCUUUCCCCAUAAUUUCUCUCAUCUAUCUGCAUGUAUGUUGGGUGGUUGUUGUUGUUGUUUUUUAAAAAAAUCAUAAAUGGACUCAUGAAUAGGUUUUAUUAAAGCUAUUUUCUAUUUGCAGUAGAAAAAGAUUAAGUGUGCAAGGAAGGGUUUGUGUCUGCUUGGAUCUCACUAAACUAGGACCUCCCUACAGGGAGCCUCCCCCCAUCAUCCUGACCAGCACUUCGCCCAGCAAGAGUGGCAGCAGUGGGUCAGGGGAAGGAAAUGAGGAUGGGAGCGGAGUGGAGGAGGCACAGCUCAGCGAUGUAUCAGAGCCCCUGCACCACUCCAGCCAACAAGUAGGAGAGGGAGCACAGCCGCGCCCGAAUUGAGGCGCGCGCCCAAACGCAAGGUUAGAGGGCGGCGUUUCAGGGUGCCCAAGCUAUUAUACUGGCCCCGGAGCAGAAUGGCGCCAUUGCUGGAUUUUGCGAGUGACAAGGAGGUCAUGUUUUCCGCUAUCUCUGCACUGUAAAUACUAUCCACAAUAAAACCGUUAAAGACAGAAUGGACUUGGGCGUGUUUACUCAGGAGUUGCCGCAACAAUCCCCUGACACUAUAGUUCUAACUAUAGUAAAUACUAGAAGAGAAUAGUAAAUUAUAUUCUAGCUUUACAGACUACUUUUAAAGGCUCAGAACCAAAAGUAAUUUAGAUGUGCGUAGGUAUUAAAUGUAUUCAUUUGAUAAGCAAGUAAGACAUUUCAGAGUCCUAAGUGUUUCAAAACAAAACCUUAAAGUGUGAAUCCUUAAUUGUUUCUAACAUCAAACUGCAAAUGCAAGGUUACCUGUAAUAUCUGUAAGCCACCUUGAGUCCCAUCAUGGAAGAAGGCAGGGUAUAAAUAAAUCUAAUACAGUGGUAUCUCACAAGAUGAAUUUAAUUCAUUCCACGAGUCAAUUCGUUUUGCGAAAAAUUCAUUUUGCAAAUCGCAGUUUCCCAUAGGAACGCAUUGAAAUUUCUUUUUUGCCCAUAGGAACGCAUUAAUUAAAUUUCAAUGCAUUCCUAUGGGAAACCGCGAUUUGCAAGACAAAUUUUUCGCAAAACGAAUUCGUCUUGCGAGUCACCAUCAGAUCACAAGACAUAUUCAUCUUGCGAAAAAUUUGUCUUGCAGGGCAUUCGUCUUGCGAGGUACCACUGUAGUAAGAAGAAUGUUGCUGUAUUACCAGGAUAAUAUGUGUUAUGCUGGUGCAUCUGUUGAAAUAUACCAUUCAAACCACUUGCAUGCUAAUGUAGUACCAGGCGGUGACCAUUUUGUGUGGGGGUUCAAUUCCUGGCCCCCACACAUGUAAGCAGAGCCCCCAUAAUGUCAUGCCCCCAUAAUGCCUCCCCAUUCUGCCCCCAUUCUUCCCUCUUCCAGGUCCAAAAGGACCUGUGUGUUGGCAAUUGGGCAUCAUUUGGACGUGCCUGAAAUGGCGGCCACAUGUAUGUAUUUUUCUUAGGUUGCACCCAUGCCAUUGACUCUGCUGCCUGGUUAAACUUCUGUGAUUAAGCAAGAGUAGCACAUCAUUAGCCAAGAGUAGCUUUGCAAAUUGCAAGAACUUAACCAGUCAUGUCUUAGACAUGCUAAGAAUUUGGCCAAGCAAGAUAAUGCAGGAUUGUACUGGCUGCUAAAACUCCUCUGUUAAGAAAGGAGAUGGAGGAAAACUUUCACUCUUCAUUGACCUCACUGACUUGCUUAUAGCAAAGGCAGUGCCCAGCCAUCAGUUGUCUUGAGGUGAGAUAGUUCUGCCAGAGAAGCUCCACCCAAUUCCAGAUCUACACAUGAUAAAUUUGUUGUUGUGUUGUCAUUAGCACCUAUGGGACAAUGCCUGUGACAUCAUUCUCAGAGCCCCAACACCCUGUGAGAAAGGGUGACUAUUUAGACACUUGAGCAUGUAGCCAUUUUAAAAGCAUGAAAAAAAAUGCAGGGUCUGACAAUAAUUUGCUGAUACUCCAAUAUUUUCUCAAAAUACUACGUUCUUCCUCUCUCCUAUGCUGAACCAUACAAUUCUUUUGAGUUUUUCUAAGAAAGGGCAUUUUUUCCCUUAUCGGAAAGCUUUCUCUUGCAUAAUCAUAUUACUAUUGCAGGAAAGCAACUAGUACAGCAGGACUAAGGGAGAUGCUUCUCCUGUUCAGAAAAAAAAUGAUAUAUCUAGUACUUAAGUAAUAGAUUUUGUACUUAAACUAUCCAAAGCACUGGAAAAAUAUUCACUUAGAGAACUGAUGGAUCUUGUUUUCUAAAUUUCACUUCUCACCACCACCCAAAUGAAAGGUUGUGAAAGAGUAUCUACAUUUCUUAACAGCAUGAUUCUUGUUUGCUGUGACUAACUUAAACUCCCUGCAUGUUUCAUCAGUGGGAUUUCUGAUGGCAAAGUCUCCAUCUCUGUUUCUUGCUAUACUUUAUUCUUUUUUUCUGUUGCAGAGCCUUCAUUUCUUAAACAAUGCCAAUGAGGAUUCUGUCCCUCUUCUACUCAUUUCAAACUUUUGAUUUAUUUUUUUUGCCUCUGAAACUUAACUGAACAUUUUUAUUAGGGUGUUUUCUUUUUUUCUAAAAUAAAUAAAUAAAACUAUCACAUGGAAAUUUGUAUUUUGCACAUGGUGAAUGUUUAACUUUUUAGACUGGUUGUAAACAAAUAAAUGUAGUUCUCUCUAAA